AUGGUAGCAAAACAAAGGAUCCGUAUGGCAAACGAAAAGCACAGCAAAAACAUCACGCAGAGAGGGAACGUUGCAAAGACCCUGGUGAGGCAACGCGAAGAGAAGUACCCCGUGGGGCCGUGGCUCCUGGCUCUGUUCGUCUUCGUCGUCUGUGGAUCAGCCAUCUUUCAGAUCAUCCAGAGCAUCAGGAUGGGAAUGUGA